AUGGAUGGUGCGGUGGCCAACCUGCUCAUCCUGAGCAAAUGUGAGAUGGACGCCCUAGAAAUCGAGAGAAAGUGUGCACCAAGGUCAUCAGGUCGCGGAGAAGCAGGCAUCACAGAGGAAGUUGCACCAUCCUCCAGAGGCACCCGGGAUCGCGAAGACCCUCAGUUGAGACCAGAGGAGGAGCCACACACAGAGCCACCUGCGUCACACCCUUUCUCAUUGCCAGGCACCAGCUCAGAUACAAGGAUGUCGCUUUACUACCAGUUUGGACAAGAUCUGGGGAAAGGUAGCUUUGGUGUUGUCAUUCAAGCUACACACAUACCCACAGACACAAAGUGGGCCAUCAAGAAACUGAGCAAGGAAAAGGCUGGAAGCCAAGCUGUUAAAAUGCUGGAGAGGGAGAUUGCCAUCUUGAAGAUGGUGAACCAUGAACAUAUUAUUAAACUAGCAGAAGUUUAUGAGACCACAAAGAAAGUCUACCUUGUCAUUGAAUUCUGUGAACUUGGGGAGCUCAAGGGAAUUCUGGAAGAGAAAGGCAAUUUCAGUGAGUCUGAAACGAAACAGAUAAUUUCCAGCUUGGCAAGUGCAAUCUUUUACCUCCACAAAAAUGAUAUUAUUCACAGGGAUUUGAAGCUGGAAAAUAUCCUGGUUAAAAGUAAUGAUGAUGCAGAUGACAAUGGAAUGAAACUCAAUAUCAAAGUGACAGACUUUGGCUUGUCUGUGCUGAAGGAUGGUGCUGGUGUUGGCAGCGAAUCAAUGUUACAGGAUGCGUGUGGUACACCUUUAUACAUGGCCCCAGAGAUAAUCAAUAACUAUGACUACAGUCAGCAGUGUGAUCUCUGGAGCAUUGGAAUCAUCAUGUAUAUCCUGCUGUGUGGUCAGGCUCCAUUUACAGCUACAACUUCAGAAAAACUAUAUGAGGAAAUCAAAAAAGGAGACCUAAAUUUUUCUCAUUCAAGUCUGAAGUCCAUUAGUGAGAGUGGUAAGAUCCUUAAGUACAGUAGCAUUGCAAAUAAACCCAAUGCAAUAAGACAGGGAGACGCCAAUAAGAAACAACGGCCUAAAAAUGUGUUGGAAAUGAUGAAACAAUGGAAACUAGACAUCAUUAGUGACAAUGAGGAGGAACUAGUAAAAGAGAAUGGGGUGAGUGAGGAUAACAACCUGGCCCAUUCUGAAACAGACACAAAGACAGACUUCAACUCCAACAAAGUACUUCCACCGACUGCAAAGAUAAACAAAGUAGACAAUUUGUACACAUCAAAUGAUGAAUGUAUAGAUAAGAGAGGGUCAGAUUUUGCUGUAGCAGAACAUCUAACAGCGUCUGCCAUUAGCCAGACUUGA